UGGAAAAGCUGUGGUUAGAAGUGGAAAUCCAUGUCUGAGGAAGACAAAGCCCCGUAUGAGACCAAAGCUCAAAAAAGGAAGGGUGACUAUGAAAAGCAAAUGAAGGACUACAACAAGAAGCAGGGAACUUCUGCUAAUGGUGUGGCAGACGACGAAGAUGCUGAAGAGGCGAAUGAUGAAGAGAAUGAGGCUACUGGAGAGGACGAUGCCGAGUUGAGGAUGAUGAUGAUGAAGAAGAUGAAGUCAAUGGCUGGCUUGGACAUGAAAUGAUUGAACACUGCUAAAAGUUAUAUUUUGUAUGUUCAU